GACUUCUGUCCUGCUCACAGUGCAGCCAGCUUCCCCAGGCAAAACCCACACUGGUAUAAAAACGACAAAUCUGAAAAAUCUUCCACUUCUCUGUGACACCAUGCGGGGUCUCCUUCUCUGCUGCCUUGUGGCUCUGGCCACGAGUCAAAUUGUCCAUUAUGAACUCAACCUGAACCCCAAGAAAACCUAUGAGUACAAGUAUGAGGGAAUGGUGAACUUUGGACUGGGCAUGCCAAACCUCGCAGAGUCUGGCGUGAGAAUGACUUGCAGGGUCAAAAUCGUUGGUGCGUCUGCACAGACAUUCAUCCUUCAGGUUUCAGAUUUGGCCUUUGAGGAGUUCAAUGGCUUUCCGGGGAAAAACGGCUUUAAUGCCUCCCCGAAGCUCACCCAGCGUAUUGCCGCCCAGCUUGUCAAACCCUUCAUGUUUGGCUACGUCAGUGGACACAUUAGUGACAUCCGCGCCCCUGCAGACAUUUCUGACACUGUUGUCAACAUUGUGAGAGGGAUCCUGGAUUUCUUCCAAGUCACUGUCAAGACCACACUUAGGAUCUAUGAGCUUGAAGAGAUUGGCAUCCAUGGCAAGUGUCAGAGUACCUAUGCAACAGAGGAAAACAUCGAAACAAAGGAAAUGACCAUCACUCAGGUUAUAGAUAUCAACGGCUGCAGGGAGAAAGCAGCGAUGUACAGGGGGAUGGCAACCGCUGUGCUCGAUAAUGUCUCCAGACAGAGAGGGGAAUCUAUCAUUUCAACAGUGAGAUAUGUUUACACAGUCAAACCAACAGCAGAGGGAGGCCUCAUUACCAGGGCUCAUGGCCUGGAGCGACAACACUUCAGUCCCUUCAAUGUGAAGGGCGGCAGUUUCAAGAUGGAAGCGAUGAAGGAAAUGGUGCUGCUCAGCGUGAGUGACACAGCGAGAGCCGUCACGUUCGGGCCGAUGGAAAGCAAGGGCAACCUUGUUUACAAGUUUGUCAAUGCAGAAGCUAAUGUCCCAAUUAUGAUGCAGAACCUGGAUGACCCAGUACCAAAGGCUAUUGAGCUGAUCAAACACCUGGCUGAAGCCAAUAAAUACCAGAUUGACAGUGCAACUACUGAGGAUACUAUAAAGCUGUAUCAGCUUCUCAGAGUGGUGCCUUAUGAAGGACUGGAAGCUAUGUGGAAGCAAUUUGCAGGAAAUGAAGAGUACAGACGUUGGUUUUUAGACAUGAUUGUUGAGGUCAACGAUGCCAGGAUCCUGAAAUUCCUGGAAAUGAGGUUCCAGGCUGCUGAUGUGUCUGAGACAGAAGCUCUGGAAACUCUUUUGCUAUCCUUUGACCAUCUCCAGGCUAUUCCCGAGCUGGUUGAGAUGGCUAAAAUGUUCCUGAACAUGCCCUUCAGUAAAUCCAACACCUAUCUGUGGCACACUGUGGUUCUUUCCUAUGGCUCUCUGGUGUACAAGCUCUGUGCCUAUUACACACCUUGUCCAGUAAAUGCUGUUCAGCCACUGCUGGACAUGGCCUUGGAAAGUCUGAGGAAUGGCAACGAAGCAGACAUGGUCAUCACUCUGAAAGCUCUGGGGAACGCAGGUCAUCCAGGCAGCAUUAAAACCAUCAUGCGGUUCCUCCCGGGUGUUGCUGCCACUCCUGUAGAUUUGCCACCUCGUGUGCUGAGUGCUGCUGUGCAGUCUAUGAGACUAAUAGCUGCCAGAGACCCUCACAGUGUCCAAGAAAUUACCUUGAGUCUGUUCCUGCAAAAGAACCUCCCUCCCGAGAUACGCAUGCUGGCUUUCAUGAUCCUGUUUGACACAAAGCCAUCAUUGGCUUUGGUAUCCACAGUGACUGCACAUUUACAAGAGGAAAAAGACCUCCAUGUUGUUAGUUUUGCAUAUGCCUACUUGAGAAGCCUUGCCAGAUCCAACACACCAGAAAAUUACUUCCUCUCAACUGCCUGCAAUGUAGCUGUGAAAAUCCUGGCCCCUAAGUUUGGUCAUCUCAGCUAUCGCUACAGCAAAGCAAUGCGCAUGGACUGGUUCAAUGAUGAUUUCCUAAUUGGAACAGCCACAGAAUUCUUCAUGCUAAGAAGUGCCACAAAUGUCUUUCCCACUGAAAUUAUGAUGAAAGGAAAAUUUUUUAUCAUUGGUAGAAUUCUACAGCUGCUGGAGUUGGGUAUCCGUGCUGAAGGAAUUAAGGAUCUGUUUGGCUCCAGCAUUCCUGGUUUUAAAGGGGAUCUUAGUUUUAGUGACUUUCAGGCUGUGUUCGAUGUGCUUCAAAACUGGGAAAAUCUGCCCGCCAACAAGCCCGCCUUCUCUGCCUAUGCACGUGCCUCUGGACAAGAGUGGUUCUUUGCUGAUAUUAACAAAGAGUUCAUUCGGAGCAUCAUCAGGGCCGUCAGUCCCUCUGCAGGGAAAGAAAGCCCUCUGUGGGCCGUGAUUGAAAAUUUACAGAGAGGAGUAUCAUGGCAUAGGACAAAGCCUUUCUUAAUCUUUGAGGCUCGCUUCUUCCAAGCUACCACCCUGGGUUUCCCGCUGGAGAUUAGCAAAUAUUAUGAAACCAUCAAUGGGAUCACUGUUAACGCCAAAGCUGCAGUAAAUCCACCAAUGACUGAACGUCUUGGAGAACUGUUGACUUCUGAAAUUUCAGUGGAGUCUGAUGGUUUUAUUGGUUUCACAAAGGAUUUCUGGGUUUUCUAUGGGGUAAACACAGAGUUGUUCCAGUGUGGUUCUGAGUUUAAGAGCAAAGUACCUCUCGCUAUCCCAUGGAAGUUUGCAGCCAAGAUCAAUGUCAGAGAAAAGAAGUUUGAACUCGACUUCCCUCCAUGCAAAAAAGAGUUUGAACUCUUUUCAAUAAGCUCCAAUGUGUACGCAGUCACCAGGAACAGUGCAGAGCCAGCUUUGGCUAAGAUGACUCCAAUAAUACCCAGCGCUAUUGACUCCAAUGAUGAAGUUGUCCACAGGGAUCCUGCAGUUGUGAGGCCUGACUCAGAUCAGCUCCUGACACCAAACUCCUGGCAUCCAAGAGGCAGAAUGUGUGCUGCGAGUGACAUUUAUGGAGCUGGUUUCUGUGUGGAAUCUGAAUUAAAGAGAGAGUAUUAUCACGAGGAAUAUCCCCUGUACUAUUUCCUGGGAUACACAUACAUGGCAUUCAAAGUAGUCCCAGUCCAGGCAAUCAAAGCUGUUGACAAAAUCCACUUUGAGGUUAAUGCCGGCCCGAGCAGACAUCCAAUGAGCACACGGCAACUGCUUGACACUUUAAGGAGGAUUUCCAAGGAAAUGACCCAGGGCGUACAUCUGUCCCAUGAUUCAUCCUCAAGCGUCAGAGGAUCUCAUAGCAGCCAUCAUGGCAUCGUAAUGGAAGGAUGGGACUCAACACCCGAAGCUGUGUUCAAUAUCAAAGCCUUUGCCAUGAGUGGCAACCAGAAGCCUGAGGGUUACGAUGCAGCCAUCUACUACACGCCUGAGGCAAACAUUCAGAAUGCCCAACUGAUUGUGUCUCAGGUUGGAGAAGACACCAACUGGAAGAUGUGCAUCGACACCAUUGUGAAUGCGCAUAUUGAGGCAAAGACACACAUUAGAUGGGGAGCUGAAUGUCAGUCCUAUGAAAUGUCACUGAAGGCUGCAAAUGCACAUCUGCCUGGUUCCAAGCCAACACUCAAGGCCAAAAUACACUGGACCAGGAUCCCUGAAGCCAUGGCAGAAAUGGGCAAAAGAUUUGAAAGCUACAUCCCAGGUGUGGCUUUCCUUCUCGGUUUCUCCCAGCAACAUGAGAGAAAUGCCAUGCAGGAGGUUUCUGCAUCAGUUGUUGCAGCCUCAGCAGACAGCAUCGAUGUGAAGAUUAAAUUCCCAGAGUAUACAGUCUACCGUCAGGCUAUUCCAGUCCCACUCCCACCUGCCAGUUUUGUGGAGUUUCAGCACAACAUCAGAAACACAACAACAGACAGCUUUGGACGUGCAUGAAAACAUAAACACAACAAAGCCCAGAUGGGAGCCAGAUGUCUCUUUUCAGAGUGGUAAUGCUGCAACCAAAAUCUCACCACCGUGAUGAAAGCGAAAAUCAUAAAAGAUGCAUCAGUAAUCCGUCAGAUGUCACCAGUUUGGAAAUAACCUGUAAAGGUCCUGAUUUAUUCAUCUGAAAGCAUGUUAAUAUUUGAACUGCCUCGUUUGACAAAACAUUGUGUAAGUUCAUGCUUUUGUUCCAAAAUAUUGUAUCUUCAUAAUGCUGGAUUUACCAAAAAGUGUUUCAGCAAGUUUUGUUUUCUUGUUCCGAUUCUGUCAGUAUAAAUCCUUUGUUCAUCAGA